AUGAUGGCGGACAGCGAUGAUAGCAGCCCACCCUCCUCUCCUGACAUUCGACAAGAUGACCUGGGACCCAGGGUUGUGACAAUCACAAAAACAGAGACAGGAUUUGGUUUUAAUGUCAGAGGUCAAGUUAGCGAAGGGGGAGUGCUGAAAUCGAUCAAUGGGGUACUGUAUGCACCCCUGCAACAUGUCAGUGCCGUACUGGAAGGUGGUGCAGCUCAGAGAGCAGGCAUACGGAAGGGAGAUCGAAUUCUGGAAGUAAAUAAAGUGAAUGUGGAAGGAGGCACACAUAAACAAGUGGUGGACUUAAUAAAAUCUGGUGGUGACACUCUCACUCUCACAGUGAUAUCAGUCCCGGAACAGGUAGCUGAGCGGUUGGAGCCAAGUGACGAUUCCUCAGGUCCCUCAUACAUAGAUUACUCAGAGCGACGUUCUCUCCCGAUAUCUAUACCGGACUACCAAACUGUGGAAAGUAACGGAGAAAAAUUUGUGGUGUUCAACAUUUAUAUGGCUGGUAGACAUUUGUGUUCAAGAAGAUACAGAGAAUUUGAUACACUACACACACGAAUAAAACGCGAGUUUACAGACUUCAACUUUCCUAAAAUGCCAGGCAAAAAAUUAUUCCAGCUUUCAGAACAACAGUUAGAUGCUAGGCGGCGUGGGCUUGAGCAAUAUUUAGAAAAAGUUUGUGCUGUACGUGUGAUAGGAGAGAGCGACAUUAUGCAAGAAUUCCUCGCUUCACCAGAAAUGGAUGCAGAAACACCAAGUUCAGAAGUGGAACUCAAGGUAUUAUUGCCUGACAGAAGUGUAUGUGUAGUCACCAUCCGCCGUAACGAUACCGCUGACCAAGUGUAUGAGGCUGUCGUAGUGAAACUAAACAUGUCAGAAGCAGCUGCUCAGUGUUUUUACCUGUUUGAAACUGUAGAAUAUAACUUUGAGAGGAAGCUACAACCUCUAGAAUUCCCCCAUAAUAUCUACAUUCAGAAUUACAGCACAGCCACUGCCACCUGUAUCACAAUGAGAAAGUGGAUCUUUACUCUAACACGAGAAACCAUGCUCAACUCAGAUGAAUUGGCUGUCAACUUUCUGUUUUGGGAGGCUGUGGAGAGUGUAAACAGAGGACAGAUUAAAACAGAAGACAAAUUAUAUGAGUUAAAAUCACUACAGGAUUCCAGCAAAAGAAUAGAAUACCUGAAGACUGUGAGACAUUUAGAUGGAUAUGGUGAGGUGGCUUUCCCUCACUGUGCUUGUGACUCUCGCAAGGAUGGUCAUGUGAUAUGCAUAAUUGGAAGUGAAUGUUUCAAACUGCAGGCAUGUAAAAAUGAUGGAACGCCAGAGUCCCAGGUGAUAGAGUUCCAAUGGAAGGAUGUAAAGAGUUAUGAGAUGGAAGAUGAGGGCAUGACUUUCAGCUUUGAAUAUGACAGACCGGGAAAAAAAUCACGAGUCGUACAAAUACUAACACCAUAUUAUAUUUAUAUGAAGGAUUGUUUUGAUAAGAUAUAUGAGGAGAGGGAAUGGGAGAGAGAGGAGACGAUGUCUACUAUGUAGCUUUUUUUUAUCUGUGAUUCUGAAAUAUCAACUGUUUAUGAAAGUGAAGAAAGAAAGGUUAAGGUGUGUUUAUUGUGGGUGGACCAGAUGUGUUCGUCAGAUGUAUGUGUGACCAGAGUGACUAGCCAGUAUGGUGGAUCGACUAACUGAUGUCCUGAGUUAGGGGGCCACCUUGUAUUGCUGACAGUGGUGGAACAGUAUGGUGGACAGACUGACUGAUGUCCUGCAUUAUGGGGCCACCUGGUAAAGUUGACUGAGCAGUUUAAUGGAUAAACUGACUGAUUCCCAGAGUAUUGGGAUCACCUUGUACAAUGGGCAUUGGCUGAGCAGUAUGAUGGAUAGACAGACCAAUUCCCUGAGUUAGGGGACCACCUUGUACAAUGGACAUUGGCUGUGCAGUAUGAUGGAUAGACAGACCAAUUCCCUGAGUUAGGGGACCACCUUGUACAAUGGACAUUGGCUGAGCAGUAUGAUGGAUAGACUGACCGAUUCCCUGAGUUAGGGGGCCACCUUGUAGAACUUGCCAAUGAACUUCCUUAAGUGUAAUGAACUUUUGGUCAGUUUCUAAAUAACGUGAAGUAAGGUAAAUCAAAAUAGAUUCUUCCAUUUGAUGCGAACCUGUACUACAAUAUGAGCACCAAUCAUAAGACAUUAUUGUGGAGUGCAGAUUUGUUAUACUGGUGCUUAAGAGUUUGUGCGAUAUCAUAAAGAGGA